GCGAAAGUGCGCUGGAGCCGCGGCAGCGGCGGUAGCGUUGGCCUUUGGAGGCUGCGCAGGGGACCCCAAGGCGUGCUGCGGUGGGAGUGUCUGUCGGCGGUUUGCAGGUGUGGUCUGGCCCCUCGGAGGCGCAGGGAGAGCGCGGAGAGGCCGGACGGCGUGGGACAGCUGCCCUGGCCGAGGUCCCUCCUUCCCCAGGUCGACCUGGGGCCGGGGCGCCCCACACCCCCGCGGCCCACUACCUCGCCCUCAGGGAGGAUGCCUACUGAGACCUUCAGUCCUGGUGCCGGUGUCAUGGAAUCAGUCACCUUUGAGGAUGUGGCAGCAGGCCUCGUCCAGGAGUGGGCAUUGCUGGAUGGUGUGUGGAAGAACCUGUACAGAUAUGGAAUACUGGACAACUGUAGGACCCUGGCUCCUAGGGGGACACCACCAUGCAAACCCAGGCUUGCCUCCCAGGUGGACCCAAGAGAAGAGUUGAGGGCAGCAGAACGAGGCACUCUCCAUGCCAUGGGUGUGGACCAGGAAUCUCAACCUAAACCCAAAGAGUCUACUCCUAUGCAGGAUGUUUUGGAGGAAAAUUCAUCCCACUCUUUGCAAAUGGAGCUGGGGCUCGACCUGAGGAAGGAGACCUGGUCCAUGAUGGGGGAGAGGGGGAUACUUUCAACCCCAGAGGACCAGCCAGCUCUCUGGGAGUCGACUUGGCCUUCUGGAUACACGGUAAGCCUGGGAGGUGGUUUGCUGCAGUGGCCUCGGCCAGUAAGGCCUGUGGUUCAGGGUUUUGCUGUUAAUGAGGCUGGAAGGGAGAGAGCCAUUCAGGGCCUGCUGUUGGGAACUGGGAACAUGCUAGAGCCCCAGGCCCUGCUGGCUCCCCUGCCCGCGGGGCCCCGGAGUCUCCUCCCGCUCUGGGGCCCCUCCGCUCUAGCCUGCCAGGAGUUGCAGUCCUUGCAGAAUUCGGGGCUGAAGGCGGCUGUGCAGGCUCAAAGGGUGGCCGCACCGGACCCUGCACUGGGCAUCCCAGACCCCCGGGUGGCCAGGGGUCCCGCCCUGCCUGCUCGGUCCCUUGCGUGGCUGCAGGAGGAGAACGUGGAGGAAGAAGCUGUGGUUCCCAGGGUGCCAUCCACCUGUGUACAGGAAGCAAUCACCUUUGCAGAUGUGACCGUGCUCUUCACCCUGGAAGAAUGGAGGUUUCUAGACUCUGCGCAGAGAAGGCUGUACAGAGACGUGAUGCUGGAGAACUACAGGAACCUGGCCUCAGUGGCAGGAGGUCAACUAUGCACACUCAGUACCUUUUCCUAUUUGGAGCAAAGAGAAACAGUGUGGACCACUGAGAGACAUAUCUUGCCAGAAGACCGAAGAGAACCCCAACUUCAAUCCCAAGAGUCCUUUCUUAAACAAGAUAUUUUUGCAGAGAUUCCAUCCAUUGUUAUGCAAAAGCCUCCACCUGGAGGAAACUUCUGCUGUUAUAAUGAACUUGGGAAACCCUUCACCAGCAUUAAACAGCUUUUUCAGUAUGAGAGAAUUCAUGCUGGAGAAAACCUCUAUGAGUGCCAAGGUGGUGAGAAAACCUUCCAGACUACUCAACUAAUAGUGGGUGAGAAGAUUCUUAGUGGAGAUAAAACCUACGCCUGUAACAAAUGUGAAAAAUCCUUCAAAUACAGCUCGGACCUUACCAGGCACGAGAAGACCCAUACCUCAGAGAAGUGCUUUGAAUGUCAAGAGUGCAGGCACGCCUUCAAGUACUCCUCAAAUCUGCGGCGUCACAUGAGGACUCACACAGGAGAGAAGCCCUUUGAGUGUAGUGAGUGUGGGAAAACCUUCACGAGGAACUUCAACCUGAUUUUGCACCAGAGAAACCACACAGGUGAGAAGCCCUAUGAGUGUAAGGACUGUGGGAAAGCUUUUAAUCAGCCGUCCUCUCUGAGGAGCCAUGUGAGAACUCACACUGGAGAGAAGCCCUUCAAAUGCAGUCAGUGCGGGAAAGCCUUCAGGGAACAUUCAUCCCUGAAGACUCAUCUGCGGACUCACACGAGAGAGAAACCAUAUGAAUGCAACCAGUGUGGGAAGCCCUUUCGGACGAGCACUCAUCUGAACGUUCACAAGAGGAUCCACACGGGGGAGAAACUUUAUGAGUGUAAAACGUGUGGUCAGGUGUUGAGUCGUCUCUCAACUCUGAAGAGUCACAUGCGAACCCACACUGGAGAGAAGCCCUACGUGUGCCAGGAGUGCGGGCGAGCCUUUAGUGAACCUUCGUCCCUGAGGAAACACGCGAGGACCCACACUGGCAAGAAGCCCUAUGCGUGUCAGGAAUGUGGGCGAGCCUUUGGCCAGUCCUCACACCUCAUCGUACACGUGAGAACCCACAGUGCAGGGAAACCCUAUGAAUGUGAUCAGUGUGAGAAAGCCUUCAGGCACAGCUCUUCACUUACCGUGCAUCAGAGGACUCACACCAGGAGAGAAAAUGUGAGAAAUGGAGGCCUGCCUUUAUCAGUGUCACAUUCGUUUGGUGGGCUCCUUGCUAAUUAACUUCCAGUUUGUGAAAAGAGAAGCAUUUGGGCCUAUGAUCAUCUCUCAUAGUACUCGUUUUGCUACAUCACAUGUUUUGGUGCCGAAUUUCAUUUUUGCUUGAUUUUCAAUAUUGUCUUAGUUGCCAUUAUCAUUAAAUCUUUGACACAUGACUUAUUUGGAAUUAGGUUUUAAAACAGCUGUACAUGGUCAUAUUUUUGGAGAAGUUUAAUUACUUAUACUAGAACACAUAAAUCUUAUGAGUUGGAUGAGUUUGACAUAAGUAUACAUAUAGGUAACCAACACCCCAUUCAUGAUAUAAAACAUUUCUGUCAUCCUGGAAAGUUCCUGCAUAUACUGGGAGUUUUAUAGUUGCUGGCUUAUACUUUAAUUACAUUGUUAGCGGAGUAUGUGGUCUUUGUUUUAUUGAAUCUUAGCUAUUCAGAUUUGCUUUUGGUCUAGUAUGGCAUAUUCUACUAGUUGCCUACCAAAGCUGCCCCUCUUCCUUACAAUGAAACUUAGGUGUCUUUAGUCCAGAUUGGUAACGUACACUAUGAAAACCCUCCAUCUCCCAGCCCUUCUUGCAGCUGGAGGCAGCCACGGCCCCAGUUCAGGUCAGUACAAGAGGUAGCUGGAUGUGACUCCUGGGAAAGAGGUUAGAGAGGAGUGGUUUCAUGGAACCAGAUCCAUCCACUUGGCUUCCAUGAAAACAGACAUGCUGUCCAGAAUAGGGGGGCCAUCCUGGGACCAUGAGGAGAGAAGCCACAGGCUAAAGAGAGAGGGCCAGGGGUCACAGCCAUUCUGGUUUCCCAGCUGGAGUCUUUAUGUGUCUGCACCAGCCCUGCACUGUUCAUCUCUGAACAUCUUAGUCGGUAAAAAGG